GCGCGGGGGGCGGGGCCGCGGCUCGCGGGCUCCUCUUAAACCGCGCGCGCCCCCCGCGCCUUCAUCAUCUUCAUCGUCAUCAUCAUCAUCAUCUUCAUCAUCGUCAUCAUCGUCAUCAUCAUCAUCGUCAUCGUCACCUUCCUCACCCUCCUCACCGUCCCCACAGCGGCCGUGUCCCGGGCAGCGUCCGGAGCGCGCGGCUUUGAAGAGGAUUCCAGUCUUGUGACCCACAGAAGUCAUUCUCUUGAAGAAAAUCCCGUUUUCUGUGCCACCACCCCCAGCAAAAACCAUGGAGAAGGUUGUAUCAGAAAGACCUGUUCCUGUCUCUAAGAAUGGAAUCCCUACUCUUCCUUCCCAGAAGAAGCCAGAUACAAACUCAUGCCCUCUUGCACCUGCCAAAUAUUUAGUCUCUGGUGGGGUGGACACUGAGAACUGCAAGGCUAACGAGAAGGAGAGGCAGUGGAUCCGCCCUGAUACACCCAGCAAAUGCACCUGGAAGCUUGGGAAGCCCCUCUCUGCCUCCCCCCAUCAUCAUACCACCCUGCCAGAGCCUCUGAAGAUCCUGCCAAGCAUCCUGAAUAAAGUUGGCAACACACCUUUGGUGCGGAUCAACAAGAUUGGGAAGCACUUUGGGCUCAAAUGUGAACUCUUGGCCAAGUGUGAGUUCUUCAACGCCGGGGGCAGCGUGAAGGACCGCAUCAGCCUCAGGAUGGUGGAGGAUGCUGAGAGAGCUGGGAUCCUGAAGCCUGGGGACACCAUCAUAGAGCCAACCUCUGGGAACACAGGGAUCGGGCUGGCCUUGGCGGCGGCAGUGAAGGGUUACCGCUGCAUCAUCGUCAUGCCAGAGAAAAUGAGCAUGGAGAAGGUGGAUGUUCUGAGAGCUCUGGGUGCUGAGAUUGUGAGGACCCCAACUACAGCCAGGUUUGAUUCUCCUGAAUCUCACGUGGGAGUGGCCUGGAGGUUGAAGAAUGAAAUCCCCAAUGCACACAUCCUGGACCAGUACCGCAAUGCCAGCAACCCCCUGACCCACUACGACACCACAGCUGAGGAGAUCCUGCAGCAGUGUGAUGGAAAGGUGGACAUGGUGGUGGCCACAGCUGGCACAGGAGGUACCAUCACUGGCAUCUCCAGGAAGCUGAAGGAGAAGUGUCCAGGGUGCAAAAUUAUAGGUGUGGAUCCUGAAGGCUCCAUCCUUGCUGAACCAGAAGAACUGAACAAGACUGACAAGACAAUGUAUGAAGUGGAAGGAAUUGGAUAUGAUUUUGUCCCCACAGUGUUGGAUAGAUCUACAGUGGACCAGUGGUACAAGAGCAAUGAUGAGGAGUCAUUUGCCGUGGCACGGAUGAUGAUCCGCGAGGAGGGGCUGCUGUGUGGGGGCAGCUCGGGCAGUGCCAUGUCUGUGGCUGUGAAGGCAGCCAAGGAGCUGAAGGAGGGUCAGCGCUGUGUUGUCAUCUGCCCUGACUCCAUCAGGAACUACAUGUCCAAGUUCUUGAGUGACAAAUGGAUGAUUCAGAAAGGGUUCAUGAAAGAAGAAGACCUUGGCAACAAACCCUGGUGGUGGAACAUCAGUAUUCAGGAGCUGAGCCUCUCUGCCCCCCUGACUGUGCUUCCAACUGUUACCUGUGCAAAGACUGUGGAAAUUCUCCGGGAGAAGGGAUUCGACCAGGUACCGGUUGUUGAUGAAUCUGGGGUGAUUCUGGGCAUGGUUACUCUGGGUAACAUGCUUUCCUCACUGCUUGUUGGAAAAGUUAAGCCUUCUGAUGAAGUCAGAAAAGUAAUCUACAAGCAAUUUCAACAGAUUAACCUGAAAGACAACUUGGGGAAACUCUCUCACAUCCUGGAAAUAGACCACUUUGCUCUGGUGGUUCAUGAGCAAAUUCAAUAUCACUCGGAUGGCUCCUCCAGCAAGCGGCAGAUGGUGUUUGGCAUCGUGACAGCCAUCGACCUCCUGAACUUCGUGACCGCACGCGAGCGCGAGAGGAAAUCCAACUGAAGCCAAGCAGCAACCUGGAGCCUCCUCAACAUUCUGCAACCUCUAACAAAGAAUCAUCUUUAUGUCUUAAGUAGAAUGUUUUUGGGGUUUUUUU